UCCCCAGUCGUAUGUGGCAAAUACCACCUUCCCACUUGGUUUUGAACGCAGCAUAAAUAAGCAAAUCCAUUCUGGCCAGAGCUUCGACAUUCAAGUUGGUGUUUGUUUGGAUCCAGAAAGUCAUAACAAAACCAGUCAUUCAUUAUUUUACAUAACUUUUCUUAUUACGGAAUCUCUGAACAGUCACUUCUAAAAUGUCUUUCCAGUACCCACAUGCUUACCGUGACGAGGCAGUUGCAGAUGACUACCAUGGUAACAAGAUUCCUGAUCCGUACAGUUGGCUGGAGGACCCAGACAGCGAGAAAACGCAGGCUUUUGUCAAUGCUCAGAACCAGCUGACGCUGCCCUACCUGGACCGCUGUGAGGUGCGGGACCUGUUCAAGGAGCGCAUGACGGAGCUCUAUGACUACCCCAAAUACAGCUGCCCCUUCAAGAGGGGGAGCAGGUAUUUCCAUUUCUACAACACGGGCCUCCAGAACCAGAGUGUAAUGUAUGUUCAGGAGAGUCUAGAGGCAGAGCCCACGGUCUUCCUGGACCCAAACACCUUCUCUGAGGACGGGACUGUCGCUUUACGAGGUUAUGCUUUCUCAGAGGACGGCGAGUACCUGGCAUAUGGCACCAGCGCCAGCGGCUCUGAUUGGGUGGAGAUGCACUUCCUGCGGGUGGAGGGGGCCGUGGCCCUAAAUGACCGGCUGGAGAGGGUUAAGUUCAGCUGCAUGUCCUGGACCCAUGACGGCAAGGGCCUCUUCUACAACUCCUACCCCAAGCAGGAGGGCAAAAGUGACGGCACUGAGACGUCCACGAACCUGCACCAGAAGCUCUACUUCCACGUGUUGGGGACCCCCCAGUCUCAGGACUGCCUGUGUGCCGAGUUCCCCGACCACCCUAAGUGGAUGAGUGGGGUCGAGGUGUCAGAUGACGGGCGCUACGUACUGCUGUCUAUCAGGAAGGGCUGUGACCCGGUCAACCGGCUGUGGUACUGUGACCUUCAAACCACUCUUCAGGGUAUCACAGGCCUGUUGCCGUGGGUGAAGCUGAUAGACAACUUUGAUGCGGAGUACGAGUAUGUGACCAACGAGGGCACGGUGUUCACCUUCAAGACCAACCUGGUGGCCCCGCGUUACCGUCUCAUCAACAUCGAUUUCGCCCAGCCUGCCCAGGCCAACUGGAAGGAGCUCAUCCCCCAGCACGACAAGGACGUCAUCGUGUUUGCCACCUGUACCUACAACAGCCUACUCUUUGUGUGUUUCCUGCACGACGUGAAGAACGUGCUGAAGAUGUACCGUCUGAGCUCGGGGGAGGAGCUCAGGACCUUCUCUCUGGACGUGGGCUCAGUGGUGGGCUUCACCGGACGCAAGAGAGACUCUGAGAUCUUCUACUACUUCACCUCCUUUCUGUCGCCAGCCAUCAUCUACCACUGUGACCUGACCAAGGAGCCCCUGCAACCCCACGUGUUCCGCGAGGUCACCGUCAAAGGCUUUGACCCCUCCGACUACCAAACCACUCAGGUAUUCUAUCCUAGUAAGGACGGCACAGAGAUCCCCAUGUUCAUCGUCCAUAAGAAGGGCCUGAAGCUGGACGGCUCUCACCCUGCCUUCCUCUACGGCUACGGAGGGUUCAACAUCUCAAUCACUCCCAGCUACAGUGUAUCACGGCUGAUCUUUGUCCGACACAUGGGAGGAGUCCUGGCUGUGGCCAACAUCAGAGGAGGGGGGGAGUACGGAGAGACCUGGCACAAAGCGGGCAUGCUGGCCAAAAAGCAAAACUGCUUCACAGACUUCCAGUGUGCAGCAGAGUACCUCAUCAAGGAGGGCUACUCGUCCCCCUCCAAACUCACCAUCAAUGGAGGGUCCAACGGGGGCCUGCUCGUGGCAGCGUGUGUGAACCAGCGGCCAGAGCUGUUCGGCUGUGCCGUGGCCCAGGUGGGCGUCAUGGACAUGCUCAAGUUCCACAAGUUCACCAUCGGCCACGCCUGGACCACUGACUUCGGCUGCUGUGAGGUCAAGGAGCAGUUUGACUGGCUCAUCAAGUACUCCCCGCUCCACAACAUACGCGUGCCCGAGGGUGAGGGAGUCCAGUACCCCGCUGUCCUCCUCCUCACGGGUGACCACGAUGACCGCGUGGUCCCCCUACACUCCCUGAAGUACAUCGCCACACUGCAGCACGUGGUGGGCCGCUGGUCGGGUCAGAGCAAUCCACUGUUCAUCCACGUGGACACAAAGUCGGGCCACGGCGCCGGAAAGCCCACCAGAAAGGUCAUCCAGGAGGUGGCCGACACGUACGCCUUCAUCGCCCGCUGCCUCAGCCUCUCCUGGGUCAAAUGAAAAGGGGGGAGGGGGGAGUUCCCUGGAAGUCUGAUUCUAGGGGAAGUGUCUCUAUCGGUGUCUUAGAAGUUUCUUACUCGUUCUCGUUAUUAUUUUUAAUGAUCACUAAUCUUUUUGUUCAGCUGUUCUCCUCCCCUCCUCAUCAUCACUACUGAUUUGUUCCUGAGCAGUAAUCAAUCUCUUCCUACCCGGUUGGCUGGCCUGUAUUAACCACCUCUCUCUCUCUUCCUGGUUCUCCCUUUCCAGUGUAGGCUUGCUUUGGGCAUGGGCUCCAGGUCAGCCAGACUAUAAAGUUAAAGUUAGUGCCCAGCUAAUAUUUAUAUUUCUAGUUCAGCGAACUUGGAUCUAGUUAUAAUUUCACUAGCUCUGGAUUCAGCUAACAAGGAGAACAGGUGAAUUGUUAUGAACACACCCUUCUGUCUGUCUCCAACUGUUUGAACAGCAUGCUAGCCUAUCCACUUUGUUCAGAUGUUGGAAUCAAGUGGCCUACUUUAUCUCUGAAUGAGAACGACAUGACAACUCCUUCAUUUUAUGCUUAUUGCACAUUUAUAAAAGACUAGACAGCUGGUGUAAGUCUUUAUUUGACUAAAAUACUGCUAGUGAUACGUGGUACCAUAAUGCACUUGCGACAAACUGAGCGUUCAUUUUCCAGGUGAAGGUUCAUUGGUAAAUUUGUUUUAGUAGUGUCUGCUCUGCUCAAAAUCUGAGGAGUUGAAACAUAAACAGGGUUUCAUUAGAAAGGUUCAUUUCUCUAUUACAGUAUAAUAAUUUCUCCAUGUGUUGUGGUGUCCAUAUGAUCCAUUCUGUUGGACCAAACCUCAAAUGCAAAUAGAGAGUUGAAACCGUUUGUCAGUGAAGAAGUGGUGAUCUCUCAUCUUUGUUGUUGUGUGUGGUAGGGGCUUGGGAGAAAGAGGCGAAGCGAGAGGUGUCACUCCAUCAAAGCCCUAUGCGCUUAUUUUGAACUUAAGCUUGUCACCUGCCUUCCCGCCUUUGGGACAACGACUCCCAUUGUUAAGGUGGAAACAUGAGCAUCUAGUCAUUAUAUACAGAUCUCUGGUGUAAAUGUACACCGCACAGAAGGAGUGAAUGAGACUAAGAGGACAUAAAUGCUCAUAAAAACAAAGAAUACGAAAAAACUUGGACCAUCCUUAGGACUUACCCAUGUCUCCACCCCUCACCUCUCUGGCCCCAGACUCCCCUACCAAACCUCCCUCUCUUCCCCUAUGAGCCAGCCACAGGACUUACCCCUGUCUCCACCCCUCACCUCUCUGGCCCCAGACUCCCCUACCAAACCUCCCUCUCUUCCCCUAUGAGCCAGCCACAGGACUUACCCAUGUCUCCACCCCUCACCUCUCUGGCCCCAGACUCCCCUACCAAACCUCCCUCUCUUCCCCCAUGAGCCAGCCACAGGACUUACCCCUGUCUCCACCCCUCACCUCUCUGGCCCCAGACUCCCCUACCAAACCUCCCUCUCUUCCCCCAUGAGCCAGCCACAGGACCUACCCCUGUCUCCACCCCUCACCUCUCUGGCCCCAGACUCCCCUACCAAACCUCCCUCUCUUCCCCUAUGAGCCAGCCACAGGACUUACCCUGUCUCCACCCCUCACCUCUCUGGCCCCAGACUCCCCCACCAACCCCAGGACUUGCACCCCCCCAUGAGCCAGCCACAGGACUUACCCCCUGUCUCCACCCCUCACCUCUCUGGCCCCAGACUCCCCACCAACCCCAGGACUUGCACCCCCCAUGAGCCAGCCACAGGUCUUACCCCCCUGUCUCCACCCCUCACCUCUCUGGCCCCAGACUCCCCCACCAACCCCAGGACUUGCACCCCCCCCAUGAGCCAGCCACAGGACUUACCCCCCGUCUCCACCCCUCACCCCUCUGGCCCCACCCCCCAUGAGCCAGCCACAGGACUUACCCCCCUGUCUCCACCCCUUACCUCUCUGGCCCCAGACUCUCCCACCAACCCCAGGACUUGCACCCCCCCAUGAGCCAGCCACAGGACUCAGCUCUUCCUCAUGAGUCAUACUCCUGUAUUGUCUCUCUAAUAGGUAAAACCUUGUUAAAGUGUUAUUUCAAUGUUGAGAGAUGGGUGAUACAUGGUUGGACUUAACUUGAACUGUAUAGUUUUAUCAGCCUAGAGGUCAAGGAUCAAGUCUGCAAAGGUCCUCAGUCAGGGAACAUGAAAUGAAAUGGCACCCAAUUGGUGCCCCCCCUACCACCACAAACACAGACAAUUGUAUGUGUUUAUCAAUUGGAAAGCUGUUUGUCAGUAGGUUAUUGAUUUCAGCCCUCUUCAGUGUUCGUGUGAAUGAUGAUAGGUUUAGGUCAUUUUGUUUUGUUUUGUGUUCAGGAGGACUAAUGCAGAGUGUGUGUGUGUAUCUGACUGAUAUUAAUUUCUACCUCUUGGCAUGCUGAUUGUUAGUUUACCUAAUAAAGGGACAUAAACAACAACAAUGUACUACAAUGCCACAACUUCAAUAAAGCGUUUUUUUGAACAGUGA